AUGAUUCUGACACUGCUGCUUGGCCUCGGAGGACCCCUAGGAUGGGGGCUUCUGGGGGCCUGUGCCCAGGCCCCUGAUGCCAGGUUCUCUGGCCCACACAUCUCCAGGUGGCCUGGCAUCUGGGGUGCAGAGACUGAGGACAUCAACAGUAAUCCCAACAGACGUAACUGGUGCCCUUAUCAGAAGUCCAGGCUGGUCACUUUUGUAGCUGCUUGCAAAACAGAGAAAUUUCUCAUCCACUCACAGCAGCCGUGUCCACAGGGGGCUUCCAACUGCCAGAAAGUCAAAGUCAUGUACCGAAUGGCCUCCAAGCCGGUUUACCAGGUCAAGCAGAAGGUGCUGGCCUCUGUGGCCUGGAGAUGCUGCCCAGGCUACAUGGGCCCCAACUGCCUGGACAAUGAUCCCGCGGCACCCCCUGAGCCUGCAGAUCCAAGUGAUGGUCAGAAGGAACCUUGGCAAGGGCCAGUCAGCUCUGGACAUGGCCACCCAGUUGCAGAGACCAGUAAGGUGGCAAUGGAGCAGGAACACCAGCUGGGAGAUCUCCAGAAUGACCUUCACCAGGUGGUCAGUGGCCUCCCAGGUCUAUGGACAGCCCUAGCAAGUAACCUCACAGUGGCCAUAACUGAAGCAAAUCAAACUGAGCUUGAGUUGCCUGGCAGAUCUCUGGAGCAAGUGCUGCUGCCCCAUGUGAAUGCCUUUCUGCAAGUGCAUUUCAGCCCCAUCUGGAGGGGCUUCAAUGAAAGCCUGCACAGCCUUUCCCAAGCCAUAAGAAACCUGUCUCUUGACGUGGAGGCCAAUCGCCAGGCCAUCCAGAAAGUCCAGGAGAAUGCUGUAGCUGGAGCUGACUUCCAGGAGCUUGUUGCCAAAUUUGAGAGCAAGGUGCAGGAUAAUGCCCAAAAAGUGGGCCAGCUGAGACAGGACAUGGAGGGCCAUCUGCAUGCUCAGCACCUCUCCCUGCACCAUUCCCUUGAGGAGGUCCAGAUCAAUGUAGACACCAAGUUGAAACAGCUUCACAAGGCCCAGGAGCUCCUGAGGGCCAACGGUAGCCUGGUGGUAAUGGCUGAAGUAGGGGUAGGGGUAAGGCCAGAGCCAGAGAGUCUGCAGGCCAGGCUAGGACAGCUGCAGAGGAACCUCUCCGCCCUGCAUAUGGUCAUAGGCCUCAGGGAAGAGGAGGUGCAGAGUGCCUUAAUGGACAUCAGGACAACCCUGGCUCGGCACAUGGACGAGAUCAAGGAGUUGUACUCAGAAUCAGACGAGACCUUCGAUCAGAUCAGCAAGGUGGAGCGGCAGGUGGAGGAGCUGCAAGUGAAUCACACAGCACUGCGUGAGCUCCGGGUGAUCCUGAUGGAGAAGUCGCUGAUCAUGGAGGAGAACAAGGAAGAGAUAGAGCGGCACCUCUUAGAGCUCAACCUCACCCUUCAGCACCUGCAAAGUGCCCAUGCCGAUCUGAUCAAGUAUGUUAAGGACUGCAAUUGCCAGAAGCUCUACUUGGACCUGGACGUCAUACGGGAGGGCCAGCGUGACACCACUCGGGCCCUGGAGGAGACCCAGGUGAGCCUGGAAGAGCGGCGCCAACUCGACGGCCCCGCGGUGCGCGCCCUGAGGGCCGCCAUGGAGGACCUCUCGCUGGCUGUGGACGCACAGCGGGCCGAGGGCGAGCGGGCGCGGGCCGACAAUGCCCGGUUGCGCAGCCAGCUGCAAGCGCUGCUUCGCGAGGUGGCCGCGGUGCAAGCCGCAGAAGAGCUGAUAGGUCGCAACCUCCGCCAGCUCAACAGCUCAUUUGGGGCGCUGCUGGAGGAUGCGCUGCGGCACGAGGCGGUGCUGGUCGCCCUCUUUGGGGAGGAGAUGAUGGAGGAGAUGUCAGAGGAGGCGUUCGGCCCGCUGCCCCUGAGCUACGAGCAGAUCCGGCUGGGUUUGCAGGAGGCCGCAAGUGGGCUGCGCGAUCAGGCACUCGGUUGGGCCGCCCUAGCCACCCGAGUGCGUGUCCUGGAACGGGUGGCGGGCAGCUGGCAGGACCGGGUGGGGCAGGAGCCUAGCCCCGAGAAGCCUCACGAGGAGGGACCUAACCCCAGCCCCAGGGACCUGGCUGUCCUGAAGGGGGCUCUCCAGCGCUUGGACGCCCAGGUCCAGCGGGCCGCACGGUGCUGCGAGGCCUCCUGGGCAGCCGCCCUCAACAGCUCGCUCGAAGGCCUUCAGGGUACCAUCUCCAUUACCCAGCAAGGCUUGGAGAGGCACCAGCUGCUAUUCCACAGUCUCUUUGGAAACUUCCAAGGGCUCCUGGCAGCCAACAUCAGCAUAGACCUGGGGAAGCUGCAGGCCAUGCUAAGCAGGAAAGGGAAGAAGCAGCAGAGAGGCCUGGAAGCUCCCCGAACCCGGGACAAGAAGCAGGCACAGUCUUGGGCAGACACCCCAGGCAAAGGCCGUGUCCUGGCAGCAGAGCUGAUGGAGGCAGGUUCCCCUGUGGCCUUCUAUGCCAGCCUUUCAGACGAGAUGGCUGCUCUACAGACUGUGAAGUUCAACACCACUCACGUCAACAUUGGCGGCAACUACUUCCCUGAACACGGCUACUUCCGAGCCCCUGAGCGUGGGGUCUACCUGUUUGCAGUUAGCAUUGAAUUUGGUCCAGGGCCAGGCACUGGGCAGCUGGUAUUUGGAGGUCGCCAUCAGACUCCAGUCUAUACCACUGGGGGGCAGAGGGGUGGGAGCACAGCAACAACCUUUGCUAUGGCUGAGCUGCAAAAGGGUGAGAGGGUGUGGUUUGAGUUAACUCAGGGAUUGGUGACAAAAAGAAGCCCACUAGGCUCUGCAUUUGGGGGCUUUCUGAUCUUCAAGACUUGA